AUGGAGAAAUCAUGCAGUCUAGUAGUGCAUUUCGACAAAGGCACACCGACACUAGCCACCGAGAUCAAAGAAGCUCUUGAAGGAAACGACGUCGCAUCAAAGAUCGAAGCACUCAAGAAAGCAAUCAUGCUUCUCCUCAACGGCAAAACCAUUCCUCAGCUCUUCAUCACCGUCACCCGUCACGUUCUUACUUGCGACGAUCACACCGUUCAGAAACUUCUCCUUCUGUAUCUCGAAAUCACCGACAAAACUGAUUCACGCGGUAAGGUUCUCCCCGAGAUGAUCCUUAUCUGUCAGAAUCUCCGUAACAAUCUUCAACCGCCUAAUGAAUUCAUUCGCGGUGUUACUCUUCGGUUUCUUUGCCGGAUUAAUGAAUCCGAGAUCGUUGAACCGUUGAUCCCUUCGAUUUUGUCGAAUCUCGAGCAUCGGCAUCCUUUUGUUAGGAGGAAUGCUGUUCUUGCUGUUAUGUCUGUUUAUAAGCUUCCUCAGGGGGAGCAGUUGCUUGACAGUGCGCCGGAGAUCGUUGAGAAGUUUCUCGCAUCUGAACAGGAUCCGCCGAGUAAGCGUAAUGCUUUUCUUAUGCUGUUUUCUUGUUCUCAGGAUCGUGUUGUCAAUUAUCUUUUUUCAAAUAUAGAUAGGAUUAUUGAUUGGGGUGAACAGCUUCAGAUGAUUGUUUUGGAAUUUAUUAAGAAAGUUUGUAGGAAUAAUAAGGGUGAGAAGGAGCUACCGCGCCGUUUGAAAGAAGAGAAGAAGGAGAAACUUCUGUUUCUCAGAGGGAGUCGAAGGGUCACCCCUAACCCUAGUCCACACCAAAAGGAAACCGUUUAA